AUGCAGUUACAUACUACAUUUCGUGCUCAGAUCUUCCCAGUUCCUGUGAAACCCACGUGUACCGGAGACCAGAACGUCAAUCCACAUCAACUCAAAACAACAACACCGAGCAAACCGCAGCCAAAGCCAGUUCCUGUAGCUGAGCCUUCAAUAACUACUCAACCCAGCAACCAGGACAAACCUCAGCAAACUCCUUCCGCUGGAACAACCAAUAUUGCCAAGAAAGCGUGGAGUUUAGAGAAUUUCGACAUUGGCCGAGCUCUGGGCAAAGGCAAGUUUGGGAGUGUUUAUCUAGCCAGGGAACGUCAGACCAAGUUCAUCCUGGCGCUCAAGGUCCUGUUCAAAAAGCAGCUGGAGAAAGCCGGAGUGGAGCACCAGCUGCGGAGGGAGGUGGAGAUCCAGUCACAUCUCAGACACCCCAAUAUCCUGCGUCUCUACGGUUAUUUCCACGACGCGGCGCGCGUUUAUCUCAUCCUGGAGUUCGCUCCUAAAGGAGAACUGUAUGGAGAGCUCCAGCGCUGCGGGACGUUCGACGACCAGCGAAGUGCAACGUAUAUAAUGGAGCUCGCAGACGCUCUGAGCUACUGCCACUCAAAGAACGUGAUUCACAGAGACAUCAAACCUGAAAACCUGCUGCUGGGGGCCAAUGGAGAGCUGAAGAUCGCAGACUUCGGAUGGUCCGUCCACACACCGUCCUCCAGGAGGUCGACGCUGUGCGGUACGCUGGACUACCUUCCUCCAGAGAUGAUUGAAGGCAAAACGCACGACGAGAAGGUGGAUCUGUGGAGUCUCGGAGUGCUCUGCUAUGAGUUUCUGGUUGGCCAUCCACCUUUUGAAACCAAGAGCCAUGAAGAAACGUACCGCAAGAUUUCUAGAGUUGAGUUCACCUAUCCGGCUCACGUGAGCGAGGCCAGCAGAGACCUGAUCAACAGACUGCUGAAGCACAACCCCAUGCACCGGCUCCCCAUCCAGGGCGUCAUGGAGCACCCGUGGGUGCUGGAGAACUCCUCCAAGAAGCCCACCACUCACACGCCAGCCAGCGACUGAGGACCAGAUUCACUCUUCAGACGGGAACGUGUGGAACUCAUGUGGCCGUAAUUCGUCUGAUCAUCUUUGCUGCCACUCUUGGGAAUAACUUUAUGAUUUGUAUGUUGUUGUUAUGUGUUGUGCUGUUAACAUGCUACAAUUUACAUGCAUUUGUAAAUAUGUAAUUAAGACACAAAUUGUAACGUUUUAACCAUUACUUGAAUCAGAAUGAGCUUUAUUGCCAGGUAUGUUUACACAUACCAGGGAUUUGUUUUAGUGAUGGAAGCUCCACAGUGCAACAGAAUGAUGAAACGGUAUAAAUGUGAAUGUUUGUGAGGAUCUCAAUAUAGAA